CUAGCUGUCCAUCCCGCUCUUUUGAUCCUCACCCCGAAACGGUUCUGAAGGAUAUCGAUAACCCUGCUUGCCUACUGGACGGGCUUGCCGAAAGCUUUUUAACUUCUUGCGACUCCCUUCCGUGAGUGCUACCUGAAUCUUCCUAACCUCACGUGAGCAUUUCUUGCGCGUCUCUUCGCAUCGACGAUUAACGUGAGCACUCCCUAGCAGGGAUAUAUAAUUAUCAACAGUGCUACGAAAUUUUACUUGCAAUUUAUAAUAUCGUUCGGACCGAUUUGGCUACUGUGUUAGCGCAUCUUUAAUCACAGUUGGGCACAUUUGACCUAACUGAACUGACGUAAAUACGAUUAAUCUUUAUACCACCCUGUGGUCAUCACAAUGGCCUCAGCAAUGGCCACGAAUGGAUCUGGUGUCCAUAAUAAUACCCGUACAACCCGCAUGGAUUCCUCUUCGAACAUCAACAACGACCGAGCACGAUCCGUAAACACUGCGGGGAUGGGAAAUGGAUUUCCAAGCAGCAAGGAUCGAUGGGCAAACAUUUGGUCCAGUGGCAAAAACAUUGGGACAACAUUCAACCCCGAGACGGGGCCUGAGGGAACAGUUAAUAGAGAAAAUGCUUUCCAAGGCAAAACCGGGUCGGGCUCUUUGCUUGCUACAUCGGAAUCCGACGGAUGGGCAGGUCGCCACAGUAUCCCCUGGAACACCACUACGUCGGCAUCGACUUUGGGAAGUAACAGCAUGACCACAUCGCCAGUCGAGAGUCGUGCCGGUGAUCGAAAUGCAUCUACAAGAGCAGAGGUUGGAGACACGAGCUCUUACUUUACCUUGCCCCGCUCCUCUGCCAUCGGUCAAACGCAACCUGGUUCCGUCUCGAAAGGAUAUCUCAGCUCAGCUGCAGAGAACUACACAUCCCCGACCGAAGCUCUGUCGUUUGCAAAUUUCGGAAAUUUCAGAAAUGACGACCCAGCAGGUCAUAGGCAGUUGAACUCCUUUUCUGCUAACCCUGCUAAUGGUGGAUUUCAACGAAAAGCAAGCGUGGUCUCAAAUGUAUCGAAUGCCCGAGACUCCCAGGAUGUUAUUGGAUCUAUGACCAUGUCGCCGUUCUCUCACGUUGCUUCAGAGUCAAUUUCUGCAGGGUCUACCCACACAGGUAAUCAGAACGCUUAUUCGCACAUCGGUCAAAAUUCGAUCUCCAUGGCAUCACGCCCAUCUCACUCUUCUCACCCGUCCUAUCCAUCCGAGCCCCACGCUCUUGAUUCACGGUUCACCACUGGACAGAUCGAUAUUAGUACUGGACUGAACCGUCUACAAUUAAACGACAACCAAUCUCUUGGCGGCUAUUCGAACUCUCGGCGACCUUCGUACAUGCACCAGGGACCAAUCGACGUUUCAGCAAACCGUAUCAACAGCCAAUUCUCCUCCGAUGAGGCGAAUUACCAAGGAGUUGCUACGUACAGCGCCGACAUGACGGCGGAGUUUCCACUCUCAUAUCAGCAUAUUCCAAGAUUGGGCGAACGCGAAUCAUCACCUACAGCUGAUUAUUCACGUGCGGUUAAUAGUCCUUUUUAUCCCACAGUCGCAACACCUAUCCUUCGACCUUCAUCUAGUCAUCGCGUCACCGGCCAGGCUAGUGAGGGACAGCCGGCCAUUUUAGAUCGGAAAUUGCGCGGGUUGCAACAAGAGCAAGAUUUCAAUCAGGUGGCAGGUGCUUCGCUCCAACGUGUCUCAUUCCCUAGCAAUUACGAGCUCUCUGGGUACUCAGCCAAUAGAUUGAACGCAUUCCCUCCUUAUCUACAGAUGUCGUUUGGUGGUCUACCUGCGAUGGGUCAACGAGUUUCUCACCGUGACCCUGACCCUAGUCAAGUUGUGCGCAGUGCGGUUUUGGAAGAGUUCCGUACCCACAACAAGUCUAACAAGCGGUACGAAUUGAAAGAUAUCUACAACCACAUUGUUGAGUUCAGCGGAGAUCAACACGGGUCUCGAUUUAUUCAACAGAAACUGGAAUCCGCCAACAGUGAUGAAAAGGACCAGGUUUUCCGCGAGAUUCAACCAAACUGCUUGCAAUUAAUGACUGACGUGUUCGGUAAUUAUGUUGUGCAGAAACUGUUCGAACACGGUAACCAAUCUCAGAAGAAAAUAUUGGCAAAUCUGAUGAAGGGCCAUGUUCUCACUUUAUCCAUGCAAAUGUAUGGCUGCCGUGUUGUACAAAAGGCUUUGGAGCACAUUUUGACCGACCAACAAGCUUCUAUGGUCAAGGAGCUGGAGAACUACGUCUUGAAGUGUGUUCGCGAUCAGAACGGGAACCAUGUCAUUCAGAAAGCUAUUGAGCGCGUCCCAUCAGAGCACAUUCGGUUCAUAAUUAGUGCCUUCCAGGGCCAGGUUGCCAAGCUUGCCUCUCAUCCUUACGGCUGUCGCGUCAUUCAGAGGAUGCUGGAACAUUGCGAAACUCCUGACCGUGAAUCAAUACUCGCCGAGUUACAUAUUUGCACGGAAAGUUUGAUCCCCGACCAAUUCGGUAACUACGUCAUCCAACAUGUUAUUGAGAAUGGUGACGAGAAGGAUCGGUCUCGUAUGAUAUCGGCUGUCGUCAAAAAUAUUCAUAAUUUCUCGAAACACAAAUUUGCUAGCAAUGUGGUCGAAAAGAGCAUUGAGUUUGGCGAGGACACCCAGCGUCGAGAGAUUAUCCGGCUUUUGACAGCCCACAAUGAUCGAGGCGAGAGUCCACUGCUUGGACUCAUGCGCGAUCAAUAUGGCAAUUAUGUCAUCCAGAAAGUUCUCGGACAAGUCAAGGGCGAUGAACGUGAAAUGAUCAUCGAGGAGAUCAAGCCGUUACUCGGCCAGCUGAAGAAAUUCAGCUACGGCAAGCAAAUAAUCGCCAUCGAGAAACUAAUUGUCGACCCCAACGCUCCAAUGGUAUCCUCGAACUCGUCAAAUACGCCACCAGCGUCUCACAAAAACUCACCCCAACCUUCUCGUAGGUCAUUGACUGAUAUUAAAUCCCCAGUUGGUGGCGUAGCUCCUCCCACUCCGCCACCUACCGAUACCCAGAGCCUCCAUGGAGGCUCUGCUACUGACGGAUCUGUCGAUGGACCUGUCGAAUCGUCAAAUGGUUUAGCUGGCACAUCUGUUGCUGCCAUUCCUGAAUCUACUGUCACGCACCAGCCUGGAGCUGAUAUGUGACUUUCGGUGCCGGCGAAACCUCAAUGCAUUAAUUAUGCACCGAUG